AAUGCCCGCUUUUUCGCCGCUUGCGGCAACGAACGAGAAGAACCGACCAAUCGAUGUCAUCUGGUCUCAUGAAGACGAUGAAGAAGAACAAACUAUUCCUGUUGUCAAAAAUCAAGGAUUCGUUGCUAAAGUUUUCAAUAGCCGCAACACUCAACAUGCCAAAUUGAUCGUGUUGGCAGUUCUUGCUCUUGUGCACUUCUACUAUCUCAAUGAUUUCCUCGUCAAAUUUGCUGCAGUUGAUCAAAUGGCUCAAGAUGCGAGAUACAUUAAACCAUCUGGAAUAAAUCACCGUAUGGAUAUGGCUUCAGUGAGAUACACCUUCCAAGGGUUCAUUGAUUACAAGAAGAACUUGUGGAUGACAGUUGGUGCAAUGUGUGCAUCACUUGCAACAACAGCUUCACUUCUAACCAUCUACAGUAGUCCACGUGAUGUGUUCAACCGUGCAGCAAUGGCAGUUAUUCGUGUUUUCGAUUUAUGUGCAUUCAUGUUCAUUUCUUUCCUUCUUUUCGCUAGAAUUUCAUCAGCUGUCAUUAUCAACCAUACAACUCAACACUCACUUCGUGCAGCUUCUCGUAUUUCUGUAAAUCUUGUCAAUGACCUUGGAAACUCGCUUUCGUGCACCGUUGAGCCAAGAGGUGAACUGCCAAUUUGCAGUCGUCAAAUCAUUGAUUCAAUCUUCCCAGUACAAGUUAUCGAAUAUCUUAUCAUUUUGUGCAUUCUUACCGGAGCUUAUAUCGGAUUGGCCUACCUCAUCGAAUGGUGCAUCCGUCACUUCUUCCCACCAACCCAUGAGAAGCUCACCCCAAUCAGUGCAAUUUCUCGUAAUCUUUUAGUUUCAUCUCGUUGCUCAUCGGACAAUUCUGUCCUUAUCGCUGCAUAAUCACCUCUUCUCAUAUUUCUAUCAAUUUUUCUUCUC